AAAAUUAGAUGAACUUCGGGCUCCGCCUCAGGCCAAUUCAAAUGCUCAGCAUCAACAAAUUGGUUUAAAUAACUCAUCCUGUGUUGAUAAUAAUUGUGGUCAUAGACUAAACUUACCGCCCUGUGAUAUUGAAGUUUUUGAUGGCGACUUCCUUAAUUGGCCUACAUUUAGGGACUUAUUUUCUGCGGUAUAUAUUAACAAUUCCGGCAUUAGUGACAUUGAACGCCUAUGUCACUUAAACAAAAAGACCAGUGGCGACGCCCAUGAAAUUGUGGCUAAGUUUUCGCUUACUCACACCAAUUUUGGUCUUGCGUGGAAAGCUCUAAAGCGUACAUACGACAAUCCACGUAUAUUGGUGAACCACCAACUUAAACUUUUAUUCGAUUUGCCUGUUAUAGAUAAUGAGACUAGUUCUGGCCUAAAAAAAUUGCAAAGAGGUAUUAAUGGAUGCAUAUCAUCCAUGUCAAAUUAUGAUGUCUCGACAGAAGACUGGGAUCCUAUUCUAGUGUUCAUAUGUCUACAGAGGCUACCACAAAAUUGCGUCACACUUUGGGAACAAAGCAUCAAAGAUAAGUCCGCUUUGUCUUCCUGGGACGAUUUGGAUAAGUUUCUUACAGAACGUAUCCAAACUCUUAACUGCUUACGGGACAUUCGUGGUAUUGACAACGUCAAUCAAUCAAGUAGCAAAAAA